AUGGUGGGUGUGGGUGUGAGUGAAGUUGGUAUUUCGGCGUCUUCGGAAGAAUCCGUAAAAUUCGGCCGGAAUCGGCAUCGCAAGUCAAAGGCUCACUCGAACAAGGCUCGCAAAGCAGCCAAAGAGGCAACCGCCAAGAAGUCUCCGGGAUCGGGAACGGAGAGCAAUCCGGAGCACGUAAAGGUACAAGGCCCAGGCGAUCAUAGUGCAGGAGUCCUAACUGGCGACCAGUUCCUGGAGAGUUUGCUCCAGACUCUCUACAGGUCAUGGCUUCAAUUGCGCCGCCUGGUAGAUUUUGUGAUGUCCGAGCUAGGUGGAAAUGAUUUCCUGGAGGCCACCGCAGCCUGGUGCACCCGGAAUCCGCACGUUGCCAUCUGCCUGCUAGCUGGCGGCCUUGUAUUCAUGCUGCCCUUCCUUAUAAUCUUUGGGUUUGGAAUAGCCACCAUGGUUAUGACCUUUACAGGUUUGCUGGUGCUAGAAGGAACACUCCUGACCAUUGUGUCCAUGGUGUUCUUCGCCUGCCUGGGAGGACUAGUCAUAAUGGUACCUCUCUUCGGAGUCGCCGCUGUUGCUGCCUAUUUCGGAUUCGCCCAGGUGUAUGGCCUAUGUGAUGGAAUGGAGCUCCAUAAGAACGCGUGGGUCAAGUUCUUUAGGGAUCAACGGAAGGCCGGCGAUCCGCCGCCAGCUGUGACCAUAACCGAUGAACCUACUCCUACGACUGCAUAACCCAAUAUUGCUUGCCCAACUUAUAUACAUAGGUAUUAAGAGAUUAAAGACCAGUGUUUGAAUACUUUCGGAAA